UUAAAAUUCUAUCAAUCGUUUAUUUCUUUUGAUAAUACCCGGAGUUCUCAAUCCCAACAAAUUUACACCAAAAUGGAUUUCGCUGGUGCUCAAGAAAAAGCAAAGGCUUUCACCAAGAAGCCAACUGAUGAAAUUUUCUUGGAAUUCUAUGGAUUGUACAAACAAGCUACAGUUGGUGACUGCAACAUCGAGAAACCAGGUCUUUUGGAUUUGAAGGCAAAGGCUAAAUUCGAAGCCUGGAACAAGAACAAGGGUAUGUCAGCUGAUGAUGCUAAGGCAGCUUACAUCAAGGCAUACGAGAAGUAUGCACCAAUUUAUGCUUAAAUUUAUUGAUGACAUAAGGAAAUGGAAAAUGUAUUGAUAACUGAAAUAAAGACACCCUAUUUUGAAAAAUAUUAAA